AUGGCUACUAGAAACAGGACACAAGUGACCGAAUUUGUUUUAUUGGGUUUGUCCAGCAGGCCAGAGAUACAGCCAAUUAUUUUUGGAAUUGUCCUUGCCAUGUACCUGGUUGCAGUUACAGGCAAUGCCCUACUAGUAAUUGUUGCCCACUCAGACUCCAAACUUCAGACUCCCAUGUAUUUCCUUCUCAGCCACCUUUCCUUCAUUGACAUAUUUCUGACAACCAUCACUGUUCCUCAGAUGCUGGUGCACACACUGUCUGUGAAUCGAACCAUUUCCUAUAACCAUUGCAUAAUCCAGCUGUUCUUCUUUAUGGCCGUGGGCAGCAUGGAAGGCCACUUGCUAGCUACCAUGGCAUAUGACCGCUACGUUGCCAUCUGUGACCCCCUAAGGUACUCUGCCAUUGUCAGCAAGCGACUUUGUCUGUGUGUAACAUUGACCUCCUGGGUGGUCGUCAGCCUUAACAGUCUUCUUUACAGUGUGUUGGUUAGUCGCUUAACCUUCUGUGACAACUUGGUCACCCAUUUUUUCUGUGACAUUACUCCUCUACUGCAGCUCUCCUGCACUCGACCAGUGGUCAAUGAAAUGCUAAUAUUCACUGAAGGUGUAGCUGUGGUGGUCAGUCCCUUCUUCUUCAUUUUGGCUUCCUAUGUCCGCAUUGGUAUUGCCAUAGCCCACAUGCACUCAGUUGCUGCCCUGAGCAAAGCUCUGUCCACCUGUAGCUCCCACAUUCUAGUUGUGUUGCUUCUGUAUGGCUCUGUGAUUCGCAUGUAUCUCCGGCCAUCCUCAAGCUACAACUUGGACCAGGAUCGCCAGGUUGCCAUCUUUUACACAGUAGUCACCCCCAUGCUGAAUCCACUGAUCUAUAGUCUCAGGAACCAGGAAGUUAAAGGAGCUCUGCGAAGGCUUUUUGUGAAGCCUUGCAUCUCAAGGAACUUCCAAUGUGACUUCCAAGCAAACAAGGAAUGGUAG